AUGAGGAGGAACGCAGAGCAAAUUUUCAUUUUACUGUUCUGCCUGAUGAAAGAAGUAGCUCCUGGAAAUGCAACCGACACCUGUCCAGAUGUGAGUAUCAUGUGCCGGAACGGUGAUGAGAAGUUCGCCAUCCUCCGAGGAGGUCCAGGGGUUCCCGGUGCAACAGGGCCCAAAGGAGACCCAGGCCCUGAUGGCGCAACAGGUAGGCAAGGGUGAAGAGGGAUCGGGGGAAGGCAGCCACUUUCAUUCUCAGGGGACAAAGGAGAGCCAGGGAGCCCUGCAACUUUUGGAGAGAAGGAGCUGAAUGACCUCCACUGUAAACAGGGGGCAAAGAACUGCAAAGAGCUCUUGGCCAAGGGGGUGAUCCUGAGCGGCUGGUACACCAUCUACCCCCAGGACUGUGUGCCCCUGAUUGUAUUGUGCGACAUGGACACAGAGGGAGGCGGCUGGAUUGUGUUCCAGAGACGGGCUGACGGCUCUGUGGAUUUUUACCGGGACUGGAACUCUUACAAGAGAGGAUUUGGAAGCCAACUCACUGAAUUCUGGCUGGGGAAUGACAACAUUCACCUCUUGACUUCAUUAGGAGAAAAUGAGCUGCGUGUUGAUCUCACUGAUUUUGACAACACACACACUAUGGCCAAAUAUCAGUCCUUCAGAAUUGCAGGGGAGGCAGAUCAGUACCGUCUGGCACUUGGAGCCUUCCUUGGGGGCACUGCAGGUGAUUCACUCACUUACCACAACAGCAUGCCUUUCUCCACCAAAGACAGACAGCAGGAUCCUGGCAACAAUAAAUGUGCUGUGACUUACAAAGGAGCCUGGUGGUACAACAACUGUCACCACAGCAACCUCAAUGGGAUGUACUGGCUUGGGGCUCACUCCUCUUUUGCUGAUGGUGUGAACUGGAAUUCUGGCAAAGGAUACAACUAUUCCUACAAACGCUCAGAAAUGAAAUUCAGGCCACAGGAAUAGUCAAGAUUGGGGAGAGACAGCUAUGAAGGC